AUGGCCUCCGUCAACCUGCUCCGCCAACGACUAUUCUCCCGCACAUUCUCUUCCCAUGCCGGUCCAAGACGCUGGACUUCUUCGGGCCACCAGGACCGACCCAAUGGUUACCUCUUCAACCGGACCCCGCUACCUCCUGGCCAAUCCCGCAAAUGGGAGGAUUGGGAGUUACCUUGCUAUGUUACAAGCUUCCUCACCAUUGUCAUCCUUGGUGUCGGCCUCAAUGCCAAGCCCGAUCUUACUAUCGAGACUUGGGCACAUCAAAAAGCCCUCGAAAAACUCGCCGCCGAAUCCUCCUCGUCUUCAUCUGACUGA